GAAGCAAAAUUUCCCAGAUAAAAACUCCCCCUUCCGAACUAACUGAUAACCUCCCUCUGGCAACAUUCUUUUUCGUUUUCUUCCUUUGCUUUGCUACAACACUUGUGCCAUGCAAUGCACAGUACCGAACCAGCCCUCCGGCAACCAGCGUACGAGAAAGCUGCACGUGACAGUGGAAUCAGGACCAAACGAAGUUGAACUGUCCGCAGCCACAGGACUAUUCAUCUGUUUGCGAGACGAAGACUAACAAUUACAAGUUGUAGGUGAUAGUUUUUUUUUUCCCAAACUCUUUUGAGAGAUAAAAAAAAGUGAAAAAGAUGACACGGCUUGUGUCACCCGAGAAGAAGCUACGCAGUUGCUUGCUGCUUCUACUUGUGUUUCUGCAACCGACUAGGUCAGCCAUCAUAGCACACGAGAAAGUAAGCGAAAUUGUUCAACAAGCUCAGCGUUUACUGAAUACUACUUUAGCUGACGGGAGGUUACGCUCGUUCGAACUGGAAGGAAACAACAACAGCGCUGUGAUGGCACAGCUCGUUCAGCCUUUAUCAUUGCAAAUAGCUGUGAUGCAGGUUACAGCAGCCCUGAAUCGCGAAAUGAAUUUGCCAAAAUGGCAGGCCAUGCUACGAGCUCUCGGUGGCGAUCGCGAAGUGCUCAAACGGUUUGCGCAAAUGCGCUCGCACUUUGCUUUGUUAGAGAAACAGCUGAGCGCUGGCCAAGAUGGAGGCAUUGAGGAACAACUCAAUCAGAUUGCUGCGCUCAGCUCUUCAUCUACGACAUGGGCGCGUGUUUGGCAACAACUGCAAACACUGAUACAAGAGGUCGACAAUCUACACGACUGGUUCGACCGUUACCAACGCAAUUCAGCUGUCGUUAACGAGCGUACUUUACGCGACUUUUCCGAGACUGUCCACAGUGGAUUAACUAUCGAGAAAGCUUUAACUUCGAUUCACGAAGCUGUUUGUCCUUACAUCAUGGACGACGAGGACAUGGAACGACCCGAUAACAGCUCAGUUAGUUGUAACGGAGGAGUUCUGGAAACCCUGCAAACGGCUUUGACUCGGGCUAACGAUAGCUUUAUCUGUUCCUUGCCCAAGUCGACGCAUCAACUUGUCUACGACCUAUAUGCCCUUUUAACUUUGACUGACGCCAAAGGUUACGCAAUGAUGCAGUUCUCAUGGAUGCUUUUGCGUCUCUAUGGAAAAGGGAGUUAUACUACUGAAACAGAAAAGGCAAGAAUCGACUUCGAAAGGCGCAUGACUGAAAAAGCGGAGGCUGCACAAAACGUUUUAUCAAAUCUGACUAAUUGGAUGUGGAAAUGCGAUACACCCAAAAGUAGACAGAUCGAGAACGAAACGUAUAUUCAGUUCACAGAAUUACUGCAAGGCUACGUAGUCAACGAAGUGGAUCUCAACCAAGACAACACUUGCAAAGAAAGUUGUUCAGCUUACUCAAAUAGCCAAGAAAAGGGUUGCUUCGGCAAUCAAUUUUGCGCAAAUUCGCGGCGGUGUUCCAGCGGACGCAUUUAUAAUUGCGGUUUCAUCGAAGCCGAUUCGAACGUCUGCGUAACUAAAGCGCCUGGAAGACGCUACGAUUGGAUUCAGUACAAAAGCGGUCGGGUAUUCGGUCAAAAGUCGGAAUGCAACUCAUCUACUAGCAAGAACGUGAAGACCGAUUCGUGGUGGCGCUGGGUUUUCUGGCAUUGUUCCUACUGCAUGUGUCUUUGCGAUCAACCUGGACCACAAUCGGAUCGAUACGUGAGCCUGCAAUCGGCGCUAGCAGCCUCUGCUAGCAAUCGGUUGAUGACCGGAGUUCGCUUCGUGAAGAAGAAUCGGGUAUUGCACAUUCAAAUUCAAGAAGGCGAAGCAUUACCGCAAGGCUCGGUUAACGAGACGACGCUUCAGUGGCAGCCAAUUACCCCCAUUACGGUACCAAGUGGCCAACAUGAAACUGUAGAAGACGGACUUGGAUAUGCCACUCUGCGCUACGAAGAGCGAGCUCUUGAUCUCGACGAUUUGGUUGCCCCGAAAGGACACGUUAUAACUGGAUUGCGCUUCCGCAAAUUGGGUGGUCAUCUGAAUUUAGAGGCUCAAGCAUCGCCCAUCGAUUUCAUGACUGGUUCAAUCGACAGCGAACGUGCCAUUUGGCUGUCUAACGACAACACUCCCGUUACGGAAACAAACCCACGUACGAAAGUGUCCCUAUUGUCGCCUGAUGUGUCCACGCGCUCUCACAUACCAUCUGUACCCGAUUCAGCCUCGGAUCAAUUCAUAGAAUUCCAAGUUACGUCCUUGGAAAAAGACGUAUCUCAAACUACGGUGCCUUUUAUUGAAGCUACUCCAGUAGCGCCCGAACCACCAGUUUGGUUGACGGGAAUCGGUAUCUAUCACAAAGGCCAACCUGGAUAUGGCGGAUACGUCGCCUUCCGCAUUGCCACGCUCAACUUUUCUGAUUACAUGACGGUCUCUUCAGACGAAUACAAUUACACCGUCGAAGAAGACACUCUUGGUUAAUUGUUUCAACCUCUUUCACUCUUCUCCUGAUUCCCUCGUGUUGUCACAAAUGAAUACAGGUCUAAUGUUUA